CCAGGAACUUGGUAAAACUACUAUUCUUCAAUAACCUGUUUGUAUGUCAAACUUGCAGUAGACAGUACAUUCGGCAUCAGAUAUAUCGCAGCGGCCAAGGUGUUCAAAAACAUCUGAACAUGCACUUUAACGUCUUAAUAAUAAAGGCUUAUUUGGCCGCUUUGAUAUAUAUGAUGGCGACUGUGCACUUCUGUUGCGUGCGGAGAGUGCGAAAAAAAUUAUUCAUGAUUUAAUUAAAAUAUAAGAGACUGCUAAUUAAUUCGUAUGACCUUUUUUACCUCAAGCCUUCUAAUGCAUCUUCUUAAAACAAAUACUUCACAAGAUAACAUUCAGUUGAUCGUAUUGAAUAAAAAGAACAAUAGAAAUGCGAUGGUGAAAGCAUAAGUUAUCGUCCAUGCGUGUAAUCAAUUCUUCUUGAUUGUGUACAGAAUACGAGACUGAAUCUAAUAGAAAUAUUUUAUUUAGUUAGAUAUGGUUUAUUGGAGUGGAAUCAGUGAGUUUACUUAUUAGUUAUUUUAAAUCGUCUAUCGCUCGGAGUGGUGAGCGGCGGGCCGAUUGGUCAGGUCACGGCUCCCGCCCGCCAUCAGCGUCGCUGCCGACCCCGGCGGCGCUGAAGAAGGAGCCCGACGAGCCGGCACACAGGGUCAAAAUGGAGCCCCACUCACAGGAGGACUCUGGUGGGGACUUGGGGGUCGAUGGGAUCAAGACUGAGAUCGACGGUCUCAUGGACAAUGAUGGUGACCCAACGAAGUCUCCGUCGUGCGACAUGCCCGGACCGGGAUCUCUCAAAUCCGAGAGGCUGUCGUCGGACUCCAACGAUAUCUUAGAUCCGCAGACCGGGCUGCGAGGAUCGUCUGGCAACAUGCAGGACGGCAACCAAAACUGCCGUAACCCGAACGGGCCCGACAUGGGCUCGUGCCGCCUGGGCGGCGGCGGGCCCAUGGGCCCGGGGGUGUCCAUGGGCAUGUCCAGUGAAGCACAGACGCUGCCCUCGAACGUGAUCAGCAAGCAGGCCGGGAGUAUGGAGCAGCAGAGCCAAAUCUUCGUGUUCUCAACGAUAAUGGCCAACAAGGGAGCCGAGUCUGUGAUCUCCGGGCAGCACCACUCCAUCAUCGCCUACCACUGCGCGCAGCCGGGGACGAAGAAAUAUCUCGAAAAACAUCCACUAAAAAUGGGUCAAUUCAACAAACAGAGCCCAGCGCAAUGGCUCAACAACCUGGCCAUGGCCAAGACCCGAGGUGGCAUGCGCGGCGGCCCCAACAUGAUGGGGCCGGGCGGUCCGAAUCAAAUGGGACAUAUGAUGGGUCCCGGCGGGCCCAUGGGGCCGAUGGGCAUGGGGCAUAUGGGACCCAACAUGAUGGGCGGCCCGGCGAGGAUGGGCGGGCCCGGGAAUCAGAUGAUGAUGAUGAAGGGCCAAAUGGGUCAGAUGGGGCAGAUGGGACCCAUGGAUGGGUUUCCAGGGGGCACCCCGUCCUGCGGUGUCAUGGACGGCCUCGGUGCUGAUGGUGAAAUUCCCUGGGACACCAAAAACCCCUCCGUAAUGUCAAACGGCAUGUCAAACGGACCCGGCGCGUGCGCCGAGCCGCCCGAGCCGCCCUCCAGCCAGGCCGACACGCCCUCCUCGCAGGCCGACUGCCAGGGCGGGCCUAAGGGUGUUAAAAUUCCAGACGAGAACCUAACACCGCAGCAGCGCGCACACCGCGAGGAACAGCUGGCCACCAUCAGGAAGAUGCACCAGAUCCUCUUCCCCGAGAACGGCCCCAACUCCAGCCAGCCCGGGGACCCCUCCCAGCCCUCCCCGGACAUCAACCCGCCCAACUCCACCGCCAACAUGAACAUACCCUUCCCACCCAUGUCCAUGGGCCCCAACGGCCCCAUGGGCUCCGGACCCAACGGACCCAUGUCCACCAUGUCCAGCAUGUCCAACUCCGGCCCCUCCUGCACGAUGUCCGGCCCCAUGGGCAUGGGUCCCAUGGGCCCCAACAUGGGCCCCAACGGCCCCAUGAUGGGCAUGGGGCCGGGGAUGAUGUCCCACGGCAACAUGGGGCCGAAUGGCAUGAUGGGGCCGAACGGGCCUAUGAUGCCGGGAAUGGGGCCGAACGGGCCGAUGGGGCCGAUGUGCGGGAUGAAGGGCAUCAGGGGGCCGUGCGGAGGGCCGGAUAUGAAGGGCGGCAUGUGUAGUGACAUGCACAUGGGCAGAGGUUGCGGCGGCCCUAUGGGGCGCAUGCCAAAUCCUAUGGGCGGAAUGGGCGGCCCCAAGCCGUGCAUGAUGGGCGGGCCGCACAUGGGGCCCAGAAUGAUGCCCGGGCCAAACAUCAACGCCAUGAACGGUGGCAUAAUGAUGGACGGCAUGAUGAUGGGACACGGAGAUUGCGGUCCCGAACAUCACGGGAUGCCGAAUGGACCACAGUGCGACGAAUACGGCAGGAGAAACAUGGGCCCGGGCGACCCCGGCGGGCCCGGCGGCCCCGGCGGCGUGGGGCCGGGGGGGCUGCACAAGGCCGGGCUGCGCAGCCCCAAGAGCCCCGCCACCACCGGCGACAUCGACUGGCAGAAGAUACACCACCAGUUCUUCGACGACCCCAAGUCUAUGGAUACUGACUUGAGCACGCAAGUGAAGUCGCCGUGCUCGGAGCGGGGCGGCUGCCUGCCGCCGCCGCCCUACGGCGCCUCCCCGCUGCACCGCUCCGCCUCAGUGCCUAUAGCCACGCAGUCCCCCGGGCACGGCGCGGUGCAGAUGCCGAUGUCGGCCGAGGCCUCCCGCGCCGGCUCGGGGCUCAACAGCCCCGCGCACUGCAAGCCCGGCCCCAAGCAGGACGCGCCAGAGAUACUAGAGAAGUUGGACGAUGGCGUGUUUGUGCGAACGCUGCAAUGCUUGGCCGCGCAGCAGCAGAAGAAUCAACAGGCGGGAGCGGAAGCGAGAGCGGGCGCGGGCGCGGGCUCGCACGGCAAGGAGCCCAGCCUGAUGCCCGUGCCGUCGCCGCAGCAAAUAUCCUAUCUCAACCAGUUCGAAGGCCAAGAGCUCACGAUACAGAAGCAGCCUAACACGUCGUUGAAAGACAACGGCCCGCCUUCGAACAGCGGCGGGCAGACGCCGCAGUCUAGUUCGAACCAGAAAUCACCCGCUGGGAUGAUGCCCGGCACGCCAGAACCUCACUCAUCCCUAUCAGAACAGAGGGCGGGCAGGUUUUCACUAGAACAGAGUCCAGGGUUCAACAAUCCGCAGACACCGACGUCGCAAGGGAGCAAAUGUGGACAAGAUGAGAAAUCCAGGCCAAGCCCGUCCUCGAACCGGUCGCAGGACCCCUCCAAGACCCCUCAGCGCGACGGCCUCAGCCAGGGCCCGUAUGCGCCGGCCUCUUCCGGCUCCUGCGCUAAAAGCAGUUGCAGUGUGGUCAACAGCGCGCCGGGAGGCGUCGAUGACUCUAUGGCUGGAAAUAAUGACUCGACGUUACCGGGCGGGCCGAGCACGAGCCUCGCGGGCCCCUUCCCCGGCCCCUGCAGCAUGAGCAGGCCGGACAACAUCCCCAUCAACCCCAACCAGGGCCCCAACGGCCCCAUGACCUCCACCUCUUCCUUCGACCCCAUCUCCUCGCUCGCGCAGAUGUCGCAGCAGCUCACCAACACCGUGGGCGGCGGCGGCCCCGGCCCCGGCGCCGGCGGCCCCAUGGGGCCCAACGGGAGCGGGAUGGGGCCUUUUGGAUCCGGGCCCCAUCAUAUGCAGCAUCAUCAUUCUAUGCAUCCGCAUGGACAUCCGCAUAUGAUGAUGAAUGAUUUAGGUUGCCACAUGGACAACAUGGGCGGCCCCGGCAUGGGCGGCCCCAUGGAAGGCAUGAUGGGCGGCGACUUCCCGCCCGACAUGAACCUCAGCCCCAAGAUGGGCGCCGGCCCCAUGGGCGGGCCUAUGGGGCCCAUGGGGCCCGACGCUUCCAUGAUGGGGCCCCGAAUGGGGGGCGGCAAAAUGCCCCCGUUCAACGGCGCCAAUGUACAGGUCAAAGCGAGCGCGCCUAACACGAUACAGUAUUUACCCACCAGGCCUCAGAUGCCGUGCAACUCGGGCCCCCGAGGCCCCCCCAGCCUAGACUUCCUGCAGCGAGUCACCAACCCCAUGCAGAUGGACAGCAGUAAAGGCGUGCAGUACUUCCCGCGCGGCAUGGACAUGGACGGCGGCAUGCGCGGCGUGAUGCGCGCGCCGGGGGGCAUGCUGCGCAUGCCGCACUACCCCGCCGGCUUCAACUCGCCGCCCAAGAUGGCCGGCGACCCCUUCGGCGGGCCCGGCCCCAACCCCAUGUGCGGGCCCGGCUUCCGCGGCGUCAAGGGCGGCAUGCCCGGCAACGUGAGGAUGGGCAGCGCGCAGCCCCUGCCGCCGUCCAUGGGCGGCCCGGGGCCGGGCUUCAAGGGGCAGUCGUUCGCGGUGCCGUCGACGGCGGACCCCAACUACGCGGCGCAGUUCCACAACUUCCAGCAGCAGCUGUACGCGACGGGGUCCCGCGCCGCGCCGCCGCACGCGGGCUACCCGUACGCGCCGGGCAAGUGAUGGCCGGCGCCGCGCCCAGGGUGACACGUCCGGCCGCGCCGCGAACUACUUAACGUUGCAUACUGAUGUACACCAGUGAGGAGAGAUCAAAAUAUUUUGUUAGUGAAUUUCGUUUGUAUGAUUGUGAGAUUCGUUAUGAGAUCGGCGAUUUUUUUUAUUGAUAGUAUUUCACUUAGACGUCGUUUAGGUUUCUCGACUGAGCGUGUUUACGGUGGCGUAUGUUUGUACAAAUUGUACAAAACUCUAGGCGUGUUAAUGUGUACUCUUUAUCUAAAUAAUUUAAAAGUACAGUUUUUAGAAUCGUUUUGCUGAUGGCAAUAACUUAGUGGUAGGUUGUUUUGCACACAUGCCGGGUUAAGAGCGCAUUGGUUCCUUUACUUAGCUAUUUUAUAUACGAUUCCUAUGCACACAGAUAUCUAGUCAAUUUUGAAAUUAAAUGGAGCCCGGGCCGACCCCGUGUUGAAAUGUAACUUUACUUGUCGACGAGGUUUUUGUACCGUCAUUCAUAAAUGCGUACCAUUUGGUACAUGUUUAUGAACUGGACUGUACGGAGAGCCCGACAGAAUCAUCCGUCCAUGAUAGUUUACAGUUUGGUAACGUAAAGUAUCACGUAAGAGAAAUGGCGGAUAAUCCUUAAAUACGAUAGGAUUAUUUGAUAUUUCUGGUUCAAUUUGACUAACCUGCAGCUGUAGCACGGACUUAUUUUUACCACUAGUCACUAUGCUUGUCACUUUCGCACUUACAUAAUUGUUAGAACGUGAUAAGCAUAGUGACACGUGAUAAAAACCCAACCGUGCUAAAGCCGCUGGACUACGAAUUUAAUCUAUUACUUUCAGAAUAAAAUCAAUUCUGGGUUUAGUCGAAUUGACCCUAUCUGCGUGUCGCUAUACUUCAUCGUUCUCCGUAAAUUCUCGGAUGGAAUUAUUGUUGGGUCCAGCUCCCUCGUUGAUCGGGCUACGGAUCGAUUUCACAUUUUGGUUACUUUAAUAAUUACAGAAGUACACUCUUAGUAACGGUAUGUUUUGUCCAUUUUAGUUCUAGAUUAGUGUAAUUAGAUUUUUAUUAUUUUAUUUUGGCUAUAUCGGCCAGUAACUUUAAAUAAUUAAUGGGAGAUUGACGUUAAAUUUUUCACUGAUCCUCAACUCAAUUGUCUAAAUUAUAAGGUUCUAUUUUCUUUGACUCGAAAAUGUUUCACGCCUUUUGUGAAUUAGCAGCUCAAUGUAUUUUUGUUGGUAACGAGUAGACAAGUUACAAUAUUUGUAGGAGUCGCAUUGUUUCUUAAUAGUUAAAGUAUGACCGUUCUUUAUUAUCAUUGUCGUCGGGAAAGAUGGUCCAGUCAUCUGCAGAAAUAUCUCUACGGGUGAAGUAUUCAAAGACAUACGCGGCAUUCUUUAAGAGAACGGGUAGAGAUCAUUUUGAAUACUUCACGCGCUUAGCAACUUUUGCAGCUGAUUCCGUGCGAGCUCAUGUUAUCCUACUUAUUCCUAAUAACACAAAUGAGGACGCCAAUAGAAAACGCCUACUUUCCAAACGAAAUAAGCUUUCGUUUUUCAUUUGAUCUGAGCGAUGUUUUUCUGUCUUCCAAUACCUAUAUAGACUCUUAAAGACGCAAUAAGGAGUACGUUUAAACUCCAAUUAAAUCUAAGCUUGCAACGCAAGCGUAGUCUUACUUUACUUUUAAUAAAGUACUUAAAAUCUGAUGCCAUAUUAUUUGCCACAUGAAUUUAAUUUUCGUGAUAUUUUUUCCUUAAUUUAUUUCUAAAUCCGUGCGAGUAUUUUUCGAGGUACAGUUUAGUAUUAGGGCAUAUUGGUAUGCUAGAAUAGUUGCACAUUGUGUUGUCACAGUGGCCUUCGAUAGUAUUGCCUUGUUGAUGAGCAAUCUGUUCCCCAGGCGAGCGCGCCGUACGUGUCCCUCUAGCAAGCAUACGCAUAAUAUCGUGGCCGUGUUUAACAAAUUGUUGUACUAAGGUAAAUGUCCUAGUAUUUUUGUAUCAUUAGUUGGCACUCGCAAUCUUACUAUCCGAACAGAGUGUCCAUUAUUUGCAUUUUGAAUUAUGAAUUUUGAAUAUAAAUUUGAUCUGGAUCAAUUCCGAUGUCAGCGAGACAGUGCUAUUGUACAGUCAGCGGAACUAAUAAUAUUUCUGACUGUUCUUAAUUAUAAUGAUGUCCCAUCUCACUCGCUCACCGGAGCUGCGUGCGGAUCCGAAUCCAAUGUGCUUUUGUAUUUCAAAUAAGGAUAUUUACCUGUCAGUUCUUGGAAAAGUAAAUUUGCUAGUCAGUCUGUUACUAAUAUAUACCUCAGUAGUAAAGCCAUACCGAGAUAUGGACUUUGUUGUAACUACGCAUUAUUUAUCCUUUUCGACGCCGUGUCAAACAAACGUUGUCACUCGGACGUCACAUCACCGAAGUGUCGAAACUGAAAUUGAACUUUAUGCAUAUGUACUUAGGUCUAUGUUGCUCUGUGAUCUGUGACGUAUUAAUCUGUCUUCAGCGUUGGACUGCGGGUAUAUCCGUCAUUGGCAUCACAAAGGUUAAGCGCGUUUUUUUAUUAAACAACAAUAAACAUACACAACUGAACAAAUAAACGCUUACAGUCAUAGAAAUACUUGUGUAGAAUGCAAGUUUCACUAGAUGGCGCUGUCAGGAUUUCAUCUAGUGAAAGGCUUAUAUUUAAUGCUUGAUACUUGCAUGUCUGUAAGUUGUCUGUGCCAAUAGUAAGUUAGUAGGGUAAACAUACCUAUUGACGGCACCGUUUCAUUAAUGAACGCUUUUAACCUAAUUUCCAGGCCUUAUUAAAGCUGUGUAGGGACUUUUGAGAUGAUUCGUGCACAUAUGUCUACUUGGGACAAGCGGACCCCAGGCUCCCAUGAGCCGUGGCAAAAUGCCGGGACACACGCGAGGAUGAAGAUGUCUACUUGGGACAUUACCUUUAGUUUGCUAUUUUGACAGUGAAAAUUACUGCGAUCCAUUUCAUAAAAGUGUUUGUCUUUCUCUUUCCAAUAAGAGUUAAGAAACUUUAUUUAUAUUACAAUAGGCUUUUAUGAAACUAGAUUGAUGGUAGUCAGGUAUUUUGGUUUUAUUAUUUUUUAGUUAUUAAUCAAUGUUAAAAUAGCCUUCUAAAAAUGCGAUUAUUUGAAAAGGGCAGAGUAUAUUAAUCACAUUACUUUAUAACGUCAUAAAUCGAGACCUUGUAUUUUACAAAUGAAAAAGUUUAGUCUCAUAAUAAAAUAAAAUAUCGCCGGGCGACGGUAUUUUGCCGUUGGUGCAAUAACGUCACAGUUUUAUUUACAGAAUACUAUUAUUUCUGUAUAGGUGCUAUUGUAUUAACAUUCGCACAUUGAUGAUUUGGUUACCUGCUUAUUCACAUCUCGAAUACGACUCAUAAUAAUUGUCACGAAAGAGACAAACGACAUACAUUGCAUGUUUGGAAGUAAAAUUGAUACAUAUAUCAGGAGAUGACGUUUCGAGACGUCGCUAGUGUAGGAGCUAGCGUCUUUUGAGUGUCAUCGUCGUCAGCACAAAACGAUGUCGCAGCGCCGUUGCGCCAAAAGACGCCGACGAUCGGGAGACGCUAAUGUGGGAUCUCUAUAAUUUAUUAUCUUGCCUACAUAACAGUCUAAACUAUGAAGUUGCGUAUGCUUGCUAGGGGCACGGUAUCCACACGUUGAUGAGGCGUGGCAAUUUUAUGAAAAACUGCACAACAGUCCAGUAAUAAACACCCGCUAGUAACUAGAUAGUGUUAAUUUAAUUGUAAUUAUAAUAUAAGGUACAAUGGUUCUUGUUUUAGGUUAAGCGAAGAGCAAUGAUAUAACAUAGUUUGUGUAAUAGUGAUAAGAGAUGAAAUUAAGAUGCAAACUAUUGGUUGUGAUUCAGACACAAUUUGUUAAGUUGUUCGUAGAUUUGUCGCAGAAUUGUGGAAACUUACUGACUUCAUGAUAGGACUCUUUAUUUAAUUUUGUUUUUUUAGAUAUUUUUACGUAUCAUUCUCGUUUGUACAUCGCUAACAAUAAUUGUACAGAGUACUUUUGGACUUAAUUUAAGGCAAUAAAUGUAUUUAUUUUAUAACUCAUGAUGUAAGAAUUUAUUCUUAAUUAUUAUAAAAAAAUAUAUGAUAUGCUUGUA